AUUCAUUAUGUUAGCCAGUUUGAUACAUCGAACAUUAGCUUAAUGGUUACAACAACGAUUAAAAAAGUUAAGGCUGAAUGCCACUGGUUCUCAUAGGGUAUGUUGCCCUAAGGACUGUCACAAACGGGUUUCAAUUGCAAAUACCAGGCAACUGGAGAUAGUUCCACACACAAUGCCGUGUUGUCAAUGAAUAACUCGCUUAUCUGUGGAGAAGCUGGUAUCUGUUAGUCGUGUGACUCGCUUAAGUCAUUUUCGUUUCGUGUAUGCCUUGUUUACAAAGUUAUGGGUAAGUUAAGUGCAUAAUAUGCUACUAUUUGGCUGGUUGUUUAACACACACCCACCUACACUAAGGAAGAUUCACUUCCUCAUUUGCUCAGACAGUGCACAAGACGUUGACAGUGCCGCACUAGAUUACAGUAAUGCUGCCUGGACCUAACCCUUGUUUUAUGAUCACAUUGGAAAAUGAACACAUCCAUAGACAAUCAGACUGUGUCAUUAUGCAAUGUGACAUACCCAUCGGGUUAUACGGUUGGUCAGGACUGCAACACUGGUCAACAACUGCAGUGUUGGGUUAUCAAUGAGACGGCCGUCAACAGUACAUUAGGAAUAGCAAUGGGUCAGGACCGGGGUCAGUAUGACUUCUACAUCGGCCUGGUCUUGGCCAUCAGCUCCAGCAUAUUCAUCGGUGGGAGCUUCAUACUGAAGAAGAAAGGACUCCUUCGCCUGGCCAGGAAAGGAUCCAUGAGAGCAGGACAGGGUGGCCAUGCAUACCUAAAAGAAUGGCUAUGGUGGGCCGGCUUGCUAUCAAUGGGGGCUGGUGAGGCGGCUAACUUCGCAGCAUACGCAUUCGCUCCCGCCACACUGGUAACACCACUCGGAGCACUCAGCGUCCUUGUGAGCGCAAUCCUGUCCUCCUACUUCUUGACGGAGAGGCUGAACCUGCAUGGGAAGCUGGGCUGUCUGCUCAGUAUCUUGGGGUCCACCACCAUGGUCAUCCAUGCCCCGAAGGAGGAGGAGAUUGACAGCCUGGAGGUGAUGUCCAGGAAGCUGGUAGACCCAGGUUUCGUGUUGUUUGCCACCUGCGUCAUCAUCGUGGCCCUCAUCUUCAUCUUCGUGGUGGGACCACGGCACGGCCAGACCAACAUCCUGGUCUACAUCACCAUCUGCUCAGUGAUCGGAGCGCUGUCCGUGUCCUGCGUCAAGGGUCUGGGCAUCGGCAUCAAGGAGGCCAUCGCGGGCCAUUCGGUGUUCACCAACCCGCUGUUCUGGGUGCUGCUGCUGGGCCUGGUGGCCUGCGUCAGCACGCAGAUCAACUACCUGAACAAGGCGCUGGACAUCUUCAACACCUCGCUGGUGACGCCCAUCUACUACGUGUUCUUCACCACGUCGGUGCUGAGCUGUUCGGCCAUCCUCUUCAAGGAGUGGGAGCACAUGGGCGCGGACGACGUCAUCGGCACCCUCAGCGGCUUCAUCACCAUCAUCGUGGGCAUCUUCCUGCUGCACGCCUUCAAGGACGUCAACGUCAGCCUGUCCACGCUGGCCGUGUCCAUCCGCAAGGAGGAGAGGCCCGGGGGCUCCUCCGCCACGCCCAACGGCCUGGCCUCCUCCUCCUCCUCCUCUCACGGACACUCCACCUAUGAACUGCUGCACAACGAGGCCAGCGACGACAUGGAGAUCGGACUGCCGUUUGACAGCAUCUCCAGGAGGAACGGUUCGGUAACCACGUCGUAAAUGAGGUUGCGACGUCGUCGGGAUGGCGAGGGGUGGGUGUGGGUUGCAUCUACAAGUCAGAUGAUGGAACUUGGUUGUGGACAUCCCGUCCCAUGUUUUUAUUUAAAAACAAGGCUUAACUUAAGACAAUCACCUCUUGGGGCUAAAAAAAAAAAAGGAUGACUUGGAUGGACCAAUCGAUUGUAACUACUGUUUUUUUAUUAUAAUAAUUAUUUGCCUUAUUAAAACUUAUGGUUUGACUAAAAAAAACUUUAAAAACUACACUACAUGGUUAGGCUUCUUCAUCUCAUUCUCCAUGUAGCACUGUAAAUAUCCUCUGUUUUUAAGAGCUUUUGUUAGAAUUUCUGUACAGAUGUCUGUAUUUACAUGCACUGAGUUUAUUUCUACCAGUUGACUAUUGAUUGCGUUAUCUUUGUAAUAAAGUCGACCCAUGUAAAGACAUGAGAAUCCACUAAA